UUAGUAGCUAAAAGUAAAAGAGCUUGUGUUCUCCCCACCACCCCCCCCACGCAGCGCUGAGCCCUGAAUCGCUCUGGAAAAUUGCUUCUUUUGAAUAGGGGGAAGGAGGAACAACGUUUAAUAGGAUCCAAAGGGAGUCUGUGCUCUUAAACAGGUGGAAAUUGGACGUCCUCGAAUUUAUACAAAUAUUAGGUGCUUGGGUGCCCGCUCAUGUCAAGAGACAGUGAUCUGCACUGAUGAGGGGCGGGCGCUGCCAAGGUCUGACAGAGAGCAGUCGGCUGGUUUCUCCACUCCCAUCUGAACAAUAAGAAGGUAAAGUACAACACAGACGUAACUUUGGCUUAACUCGGUGUCCAGGAGCUCCGGCUACAACAUUUCUUACCCUCUGUUUCCUCCUCCUCCUCUUCUUCUUCUUCUCCUUAACGAGCCCUGUAAUGUCUGUUAAUUUUGUGUGUGCUAGUUAAUGAGCAUUAAUCCAUCACCCCUGGAUGCUAUUGUUGCGAGGCGGGGGCCAUUUGAAUGCAAAUGCGUGACACUGUGACAGCAAGGUGCUUAUUAAACUGAUGUGUCCUCCUGUCUUUUCUGCUGGGAGCUCAGGGGAGUGAAAAGACGCGGGGCAGCUGGACUAUACCCGGAGUUGCUCACACCAAGUUCUGCUCGGCUGCAAAGCGAAACUACUACAGCGGCAACAAAAUGGCAAGUUCAGCCUCUCUAGACACGGUGGUGUCCUGCGGGAGGACUGCGCCGUCCGCGGCUCCCAAAACGCUGGCUUUCUCCAUCGACUGGAUCAUGUCCAAGAGCUCGGAGCCGAAAGGGAACGCGGAGGAACGUUCAGAGGGGAAAAAACUGCUAGGGCUCUGCUCCCCAAUCCCCUGCAUGAUCCCGCUACAGCCCUUCAGCUACGACCUCCAAGCCAAGGCGCUGAUGAGCUAUUCGGAGCUGUGGAGAGCCAGUUUUAGGGGAACUUUGUGCGGCUCGCCAGCUGCUCCGUGCAAAGGAAACUGCGGGUUCUGCGGCAAAGCGGAUCCGAGCCUGAAGCAGCAGCUGCUGACGUCAGGGAGCAGGGUGGUAAAACCUCAGGUCCUGAACCAGGCCGUGGCCGUGCCCAGCAGUGGCUCGCUCUACUAUUUCAAUUACCUGGACUCUGCGUACCAGCAGUCGGAGCUGCUGGCCGGACACUGGCUCUCCAGCCCGCAGGCCCAGGCCUCUCUGUCGGCGCACCACAGACUUUUGUUGCUGGAGAAUGCCAAACUGACCGGUGUGGGGACCGACAAGCUGCCCACACCUCAAUACCCACACAAGGAACAUCUGCCAGGGCAGCUGGACCAGAUAGUGAAGGAGAGCCACGGCCUGACAGCUGAGAAAAGCGGCAUAAAGACACACAGCAAACUCAGCGGCAGCGGCAGUGCGGACGGAAAACCCAAAAAUUUCACCUGCGAAGUGUGUGGAAAGGUUUUUAAUGCGCAUUACAAUCUUACCAGACACAUGCCGGUGCACACGGGGGCCCGGCCCUUCGUAUGUAAGGUGUGCGGUAAAGGAUUCCGGCAGGCCAGCACGCUGUGCAGACACAAGAUCAUCCACACACAGGAAAAGCCUCACAAAUGCAACCAGUGUGGAAAAGCGUUCAACAGAAGUUCGACGCUCAACACUCACGUCCGGAUCCACGCAGGGUAUAAACCAUUUGUGUGCGAGUUCUGCGGGAAAGGCUUCCACCAGAAAGGAAACUACAAGAACCAUAAGCUGACGCACAGCGGGGAGAAACAGUACAAGUGCUCCAUCUGCAAUAAGGCCUUCCACCAGAUCUACAAUCUGACCUUCCACAUGCACACGCACAACGACAAGAAGCCCUUCACCUGCGCCACUUGUGGCAAAGGCUUCUGCCGCAACUUCGACCUGAAGAAGCACAUCAGGAAGCUGCAUGACAAUGGCUUCUCGGCGGCUUCAGAAGCCUCCAGAGAGCUGCAGAGCUGAGCCACUGCUCGUUUCCUGCUAUGACUUUUUAGCGGGCAGUUUUUAAGGCCUGACAAGGAAGUGAGGGAGUGCAAAAAACUGGACCCGAAUCUUUGAAAAGAAAUGAGGUAAUCGGCUCCCGUCAGUGUCUCAGCAGGAAUGCUGCAGGGAACAAAAAACAGACAACAUCCGCCCAACACUGUCGGGAUGUUUUGGGUCCACAUAGAAUUUCUUUCUGCAUUUCCACAGACUGAAAGAGAAAUCCCCAGUCUCCACGAUGGAACUGUAAAUAACGAUAAUAAUAAUCAUCAUAAUAAUAACGUGAAUCAUCUGGGGAAUGCAUUGCCAUCUUGUUUAUUUCAUUGAAAAACUGUUCCUGUGAAUAAAUAAGUUAAAUUAUAUUGAAACUGAA